AUGGCGUCUGAGAUGGCUGCCCAGAAUAAGUUGAUUGACGAGCUCAUUAGUAGCGGAGUGCAGCCCGAGCCUCCGCCUGUCAAACAACCGGAAUCCGAACCAUUUGUCAUUCCUCCAAUUCAAACCACUUUUGAGGGAGUUUUCAACCCGCAGUACACUUACACUCAAAAUCUUCCGUUUUAUCCUCUCUAUGGGCAAGGAUUUCAGCCUCAAGGUGGUCAAGGUGGUCCAAACAUGCCUCCAGGUCCACAAGCUUUUUAUCAGCCUACCGCAGAACCUGUUGUGCCGGAGCACACUGUUCAAACCAAGCCAGAACUGCCCGUGGGGUUCAAGACCCCGAAGUUCAAUAAAUAUGAUGGUACAGGAUAUCCUAAGACACACUUGCGUUUGUUUGCCAACAAGCUGGGCAAGCCGGUGGAUGACGAAAACUUGCCACUUAGGUUAUUUCCAGAGAGUCUAGAAGGAGACGCCCUCGAUUGGUAUUCAAACUUAAAGCCAGAUGAGGUAAAGACCUGGCUUGAUCUAUCCAACGCCUUCAUCAGACAAUACGAGUAUAACUGCGAGCUAGCACCGACCAGAACUACUUUGGAAGGCACCAAGAGGCGACCAUCUGAAGAUCAUAAGACAUACGCCAAAAGAUGGAGGAAGAUAGCUGCCAAGGUUGAGCCUCCGAUGACCGAAGAUGAAAUUAUUCGCACUUUCAUAAAGGCGCAUGAUCCUCCAUACUUCGAAGAAAUCUUCCGUAGGACUGGGUGUACAUUUGCUGCGAUUGUGAAUAAACUCGAAGAGUAUGAUGAUUUUGUGAGAGCCGGAAAAAUUGUUAACGUCUCUGCCCUAAAAUCACAAGUAGAAGCUUUGCAAGGGCAGGGGAGCAGUGGAAAGAAGCCGCAGUUUAAAAAGAAAGAGGGGGAGACAACUUUUAUCUGGAACCAGAAUCCUUCACCCAAACCCCGAUACCAACCCAAUCCAACCUACCAACCACAUUACCCUUAUAAUUCAAACCCGCACCAUUUGAAGGCUGCCGGAAAGAUUGGCACGGUACCCCCUCCGGCCUAUCCAUAUGGCAUAUACGCUGGGUAUAACCCACAAGCCGUCUGUGCUUAUCAUUCAGGGGCACCCGAACAUUCAACUGUUGAUUGCAAGGCUUUUAAGCAUAGAAUUCAAGAUAUGAUUGAAGCCGGAGAGAUUGUAAUCAGGAAAAAGGAGGCACAAGGGCCGAAUAUAAAUAGGAACCCCUUGCCUGAACACGCUAAUACCAUUGGGGUCAUUCUGGACAACGCAGAGUAUGAGCAGCAAGUCCAAAAAUUGGCAAGGAAAGCCGAGCUGUUUGGGGUCACAGACCAACCAUUUGUGAUAGAGGUGCCGUUUGAGGAGGAUAAAAGACCUUUUAUUUUGGAUCUCACUCUAGCUGAAAGCAAGGCUUUGGAGCCAGUGGUCAUCGAAUUCCCGGAGCAAGAGCCCGUCCUAAGUUUGCAACGAGUGCCAUGGAACUACGAUGAACCUGUCAUACAAAUUGGAGAAAAGUCAGUUGCCAAAGAAGAGGUGUCAGUGGUCACCAGAUCAGGGGGGAUUGCAAGUCCGUUUGGAGCUAUCGUUCCGAUUCAAACAAAUAACCCCGACCUGCCCGCUAAACCAGCAAUUACUGAGAAGGAAGCCUUGGAUUUUCUUAAAAGGCUCCAAAGAAGUGAAUAUAAUGUAGUCGAGAAGCUAAGCAAGUCGCCCGCCCAAAUAUCCAUGUUGGAUCUGCUCUUUUCUUCGGAUAUGCAUAGGGAUGCGUUGCUCGAAGUGUUGACUAAAGCUCAAAUCCCCAAGGACAUUUCGGUUGCUAAUUUCUCACAUAUAGUUGGCAGUGUGUUAUUUACAAAACAAAUCACUUUCUCUGAUGAUGAGUUACCGGCGGAAGGCAUUGGACAUAACAAGGCUCUGUACAUAGCUGUGAGGUGCAAUGGGAAAAUUUUGCCAAAGGUGUUGAUUGACAAUGGAUCUGCGCUUAAUAUCUGUCCUUGGAUAAAUGACAAAUUGAUAACUAUCUUUGCCGAGGAGGAUUGCCUCGUGAUUGCUGAUUCUGGGGCCAAAGAAGAUGGUAGCCGAAGCGCCACAGUGACCCCUCAUAGCACAGCUGAUAUCAUCUCC